UGAGGGAUAUCUAAAUACAAUCAAUACCCACAUUCGUCAAUUUAUAUUUCUGAAGUCUCUGGUUUAGGAUUUCAUAUGUGAGUGUUUGGAGUGUUUGGCCUUCCUGUUGUAAGUGUGAUGUGUAACUAACAUACAGUAUAUAUAGUACAAAUUAUAGCUGUGAAAAUUGGAAAUUGGAGAUUUGGGAAAUUUCCUAUAUUUAUCCAUAGCUUUUAUACAUCUAUCUAUUUCUUCAUUUACUCCAUCACAAAAAGUUAAAGAAAAGAAAGAAAGAAAAAAUGUCAAUUGCAUCUAAAUUCGACGGGUUAGAAAUCCCCGCUGCGGCGGAUUUUCAUGUUCAUCUUAGAGAUGGGAAGAUGAUGGAGACGGUUGUUCCGACGAUUAGGUUGGGGGGUGUGGAUACUGUAGGUGAUUUUUUGGGGGAAUUCUUUUCUACCUCUAUUUCACGUUUUUUAUUUGCGUAAGGGAGGGUGGUUGGUUUGUGGGGAUGAGGUGGGAGGUGGGAUGUGUGAUGUGGUGUGGUGUGGUGUGGUGUGGUAGUCUUUGGGUGCUCGAGAGAGAAUUCUUGAGAUAUUUGAAUUGUUUCUGGAGGGCUUGGUUCUUUCAGGGACUUGGUUUCUCCAGAGACUCACCUGCUAGUGCAUCUGAAGAGCUGAAUUCAUACAUAUCAGAAAUUUGUCUAAAAAGAAGUCCACUCGGACAUACUGCCAUAGAAAAGUUUGGAAAAAUGGAAUAUCCAUUCAAGAUGUGUUGAACCUGCUUGAAUGGACAAUUCGUUGGAAGCCAAAAGUCUUCCCCAAUCACUCAGAUCCAUUUAGACACUGCAAGCUCCCGUCUGGACCAUUUCGCUUCUUUUAAUCUUGCUAAUCUGUCAACAAAAACCAGGUCUACGUAAUGCCUAACCUCGUCCCACCCGUCACCACUGUAUCAGCAGCUCUAGCUUACAAAGAGCGUCUCCUUGCCAUCGAACCUAAAGUCAAUUAUCUCAUGACUCUUUACCUACACGAAAGCAUCACACCCGAAACGGUUCGAGAGGCUAAAAAGGCAGGAAUUGUUGGAAUUAAAAGUUACCCUGCCGGUAUGUCACCUUUUACUCAUUCGCGUGCAAAUAAGUCAAGAGAAGAAGAGCCAAGAGAAAAAACUAACCCGAACUCAGGCGUAACAACCAACUCCUCCUCCGGCGUCCUCUCCUACGAACCGUUUUAUCCCGUCUUCGCAGCCAUGCAAGAAGAAGGAUUAAUCCUCAAUCUCCACGGCGAAUGUCCCUCUGACCACAAAAAAGACAUCACGAUUCUCAACGCCGAAGCCUCCUUCCUUCCCACUCUCAAAUCACUCCAUUCCAAAUUCCCCACCCUUAAAAUCGUCCUCGAACACUGCACCACAGCAGCCGCCAUCCAAACAGUCAAAGAAUGCGGUCCCAACGUCGUCGGAACAAUAACUGCGCAUCAUCUCUUCCUAACCAUCGACCAAUGGGCCGACGACGCAUUUCAUUUCUGCAAACCCGUUGCCAAAUUACCCAGUGAUCGAUCUGCGCUUCUCCUCGCUGCAACUUCGUCUUCUGAUAAAUUCUUCCUAGGGACGGAUAGUGCGCCCCAUGAUAUAGGUGCCAAGAAGGGAGGAAGUGGUAAGACGGCCGCAGGUGUGUUUACGCAGGCGCAUGCUGUGGGUCAUGUACUCACGGCGUGGGAAAUGGGCGUUGAGAUGGAGGUUUUGAGGAGUGAGGAUAUUACGGUUGAGAUUCUAGAGGGGUUCUUAGGGAAGAGGGGAAAGAGGUUUUAUGGGAUUGAGGAGCAGAGGGUGGGAGAAGGUGAGGGCGAGAAGAUUAUUUUGAGGAAGGGGGAGGAGGUUGUGAGGGCGAGUUUUAAAGGGGAGGGUGUGGAGGUUGUUCCGUUUUGGAGGGGUCAGAAAAUUUGGAGUGUGUUGUGGAAAUAGAUCAGUAGGAUGUUGAAUUGAGAGGGGAGUUGUGAAAGUUUAUUUCGUGUUGAGAUGAAAGAGAAGAGGAAGAAAUUCAUUUUUAAAUACCUAUCAAUACUUCUUAAGAAUUCUUUUCAUAAUACUCGCUUAAUCUUCUCAUCUGUAGUUGUGGUAUUGUUAUAUAAAUAUCUGGUAUGUAAUAUAUCUACUGUCGAUUUCUGUUAGAGA